CGCCUCUUAGUAUAAGAAAUUGCGGGCGCCGAAGCUCUGCGAGAAAGUCUGCAAACCUAGACCUUAGGGGUGUCUGGUUCUCUGGCGUCCUGCAACUACCGCCGUGAAGGGCAGUUCAGGAGAGAGGAGAUCCAAGAGAGCCGGGUGAAGCGGUGGACGAAUCCGAUUCGGUCUUCCUUUGCCUUGCUGAGUCGCAGGGACAGCACGGUGCCUGGGUCUCCCGCCCAAGAGGAGCCUCUGGCCUGGACCCGGGGCGCUCGCUGACAAUCCGCCCGCUGCCAUGGCCGACCACCUGAUGCUCGCCGAAGGCUAUUGCCUGCUGCAGGUGCCGCCGCAUGCCCACGGCCCGCACGCGCCCCGGACUCUGCAGCCAUACGCAGGCCCGGGCAUGGACAGUGGUCUUCGGCCGCGGGGGGUUCCUCUGGGACCUCCGCAGACACCCGGGACCCUGGCAUACGGCACCUUCGGGUCGCCGGUCUCCUUCCAGCCCUUCCCCGUCGCCCAGCCGCCGGGAGCCGGUAGCGCACACCUGCAGCCCGCAGCCGUGCAGUCUCCUGGCCGCAACGCAGCGUCCUCCGGAGCCGCCGGAGGCCCCUCACCUCUACAGCCAGCUCCAGGAGUAGCGUCCCCGCUGCCGCCACCACCGCCCUCCCUGGGUUGCAUGGACGCGGAGCUCAUCGACGAGGAGGCUCUGACGUCGCUGGAGCUCGAGCUCGGGCUGCACCGUGUGCGCGAGCUGCCCGAGCUUUUCCUGGGCCAGAGCGAGUUCGACUGCUUCUCGGACCUGGGGUCAGCGCCGCCCACGGGCUCGGUGAGCUGCUGAGCGUGACCAUCGGGAGACGCAGGACUCUGCGCCUGGUGGCCGGGCCUGCACACACCCUCCGUGAGGGUGGAGCGCCGGGUUUACGCGCCGAGACGG